AUGUCGACUAGAACAAGUCAGUUACACAUUGUUGAUGGUAUCACAUCAGUCGAUUGUCAAAAUCAAGUUCGUUCAUGGAGUCUUCUUCGAUCAAUUAUGUGGUUUAUCAUUCCAAGCUGCACUGGAAACAUCUCUGAAAAACAACUUGAGAAUCGAAGAAAAGGAGAGUAUUACAAUAAUAACAAGUACCUCCAUUAUUUACAACCACCUCGAAGUCGUUCGGUAUCAUAUUCCAAGAAUACCAAAACCGACAAGACCUCAGGGAUCAAAAACAUGUCGACGGGGACAAUCUUUGGGUACCGUCAAGGGAAAGUUACAUUUUGCAUUCAAUCCAAACCUGAUUCUGAUAUUCCUACACUCCUUCUUGAACUUGCCUUGCCUACAGCUAUUCUGGCAAAGGAAAUGAAAAGUGGGUUAUUAAGAAUUGCAUUGGAGUGCAACAAUAAUACAUCACGCCAUUCCUCUUCUAAUCUCUUGUCUGUACCAAUUUGGAGUAUGUAUUGUAAUGGGAGAAAGGUUGGUUCCGCGAUAAAAUGUGUUCCAACUCAAGCUGAUAAGAGAGUACUUAGAUUGAUGCAGAGUAUUGAUGAGGGUGUAGGCAUUAUAAAUCAGAAAACACUAAUGAACUCACUUGGCGACAAUGAUGACGAUCCACGUAACAAUCUUGGGGAUCUUAUGUACUUACGAGCUAAUUUCGAAAGAGUAUCUGCAUCAUCGAAUUCAGAAUCAUUCCAUUUGAUAAAUCAAGAUGGAAGUAAUAAUCAACAACUCAGUAUUUUCUUCACUCGAACAAGAUAG